CUCUGAAAAGCCAUCUUUGCAUUGUUCCUGUGGCUCCCUCUCCGCUCGCUGCAACCACCUCCGCUGCGCGCCUCCUCCACCGCCGCGGACUCCGGCAGCCUCUUCGCCAGAGUCCUCCAACUCUCGCUUUUUUUAAAAAAAUCCGCUGCAUAGGAUCACCGGCGUGCCCCACCAUGUCAGACACAGCCGUGGACACCAGCUCCGAGAUCACCACCAAGGACUUAAAGGAGAAGGACGUUGUGGAGGAGGCAGAGAAUGGAAGAGAUGCACCUGCGAAUGGGAACGCUAAUGAGGAAAAUGGGGAGCAGGAGGCUGACAAUGAGGUAGAUGAAGAAGAGGAAGAAGGAGGGGAGGAGGAGGAGGAGGAAGAGGAAGGUGAUGGUGAGGAAGAGGACGGAGAUGAAGAUGAGGAGGCUGAGGCGGCUACAGGCAAACGGGCAGCUGAAGAUGAUGAGGAUGAUGAUGUUGACACCAAGAAGCAGAAGACCGAUGAGGAUGACUAGACAGCAAAAAAAGGAAAAGUUUAAAGGCCUCCGUGACCUAUUCACCCUCCACUUCCCGUCUCAGAAUCUAAACGUGGUCACCUUCGAGUAGAGACUCCCGCCCACCUGCCUACCCACCCACCUCAGGCAGCGCCACCUGCAGAUGACACGCACUCUCCACCACCCAACCAAAACCACAACGUGAAUUUGCAACAGGGGAGGAAAAAAGAAUCAAAACUUCCAAGGCCCUGCUCUACUUUUUUUCUUAAAAGUACUUUAAAAAGGAAAAUUUGUUUGUAUUUUUUAUUUACAUUUUAUAUUUUUGUACAUAUUGUUAGGGGUCAGCCAUUUUUAAUGAUCUUGGGAUGACCAAACCAGCCUUUGGAGCAUUCUCUGUCCUACUUCUGACUUUACUUGUGGUGUGACCAUGUUCAUUAUAAUCUCAAAGGAGAAAAAAAACCUUGUAAAAAAAGCAAAAA